GCGAGCGUGGUGCACGGCACUGUCUUUGAGUCGCUCUAACUGAAACACGGCUGCAUUUAGGUGUGGCAUCAGACGUCACGCUGCGAGCAGAGAAGACCGUGGCCUCUGUGUGGGGAUACUUGGGCUGGGUCACGUGGGAAGACAGCUGCUGCGCUCCCUCCUGCAAAUGACUGGCGUCGAACCAUCACACAUUAAGGUCUCCACUAGAAGACCGGAAUCUGCAGUGGAACUCGUCCAGACCGGGGUGGAGUGUUUCUGCGACAACCGCCGACUGGCGGCAUGGGCAGACGUCCUGUUCCUCUGCUGUCUGCCCUCUCACCUCCCGAAGGUCUGCGCUGACCUCCACUCUCACCUGCCAAAGCGCUGCCUCGUGUACAGCUUCCCCUCCGCUGUGCCUGUCACCAGAUUGGCUCGACUCCUUGGACACGACUUCAUUCUAAAACCACAGUACGACUUUGGCGGUUGUGACACCGCGGGCGUGUGGCUGUCCUGCGCAGAUCUGCCCGCGGCUUUGAAAGAUCCCUUGCUGAUAGAAGCAUCGCACCCUCUUAUGAUGAGUGGCGGCCUCGCUCUGAGUCUCAGCUGGCUGUGUGCAGUGUUGUACAGCCUGCUGAACACCUGCACCUCUGCCGGUCUGCGAUCCGGCGAUGCCCUCUCUCUGAUCAGAAGCCUCUUCGGGGACAAGCGGACACAAGCCGUGCAGUUAAACGCACAGAGCUUCAUCAGUUCACCUUGCGCAGCUUCCCUCUCCGGAGAUGAGCCUUUCCCCUGGAUUUCUCUCACUGACGCCCAGACCAAGGAGACGCCGCUGCUGAAGCUUCUAUCAAGCCGUAGAUCUUUGCAGCAGCGCAUCGCCGCAGCGUACAAAUCCCUGCUGGAGCCGCCAGUGGCGUUUGACACUGACACUCCCCUGUGAAUCUUAUAUUCUUCUAGGAUGACCACCGCAGCACCAAGUUUAAAGUCUCAGCCCCUCGUGUUAAACAUAGAGCUCUGGAAAUUGUAAUGUAACAUGUGGCAGAAUACAUUUGAAUAAAAGGGACUGAGCAAUCUAUCGUGUGAUACCUACAGCUGUAUGUGAUUUUUUUUUUUAGUAUUUUUGUUUUUUCAUGCCAAAAAAAAGUAUGGUAAAUCUGUUAAGAGAAAUGCUUUUUCACAAUGCA